AUGCCUGCCCAGGCUCACAUGCAGAGCAACAUGCAAGUUCCCGACGAGCUUCUCGCCCUCUUCUCGCGUAACCUCACCUUCAACCCCGAGCUCCAGGCCGCCAUGGCCAACGAGCAAGCUCAGCAGCAGGCGCAGCAGGCCCCUCCCGCUCCGUCGCAGCAGCCCAUCUACUCGGCCUCGCAACACUACACGCACUCGUACCACGUCUCCAAGCCUCGCAGCCAAGACGUCGAGACCGACGCCCACCAGGCGUUCCAGCGACCUUCCUCGGCCCCGCUCGAGAACGAGGCUUCCCAGGCGGAGGCCCUCCUCCGCAGCCACGGCGUCGAGCCCUCGCUCCUGACCCCCUCCCAGCUCCAGCUCUUCAAGACCGCCGACGACGGCCAGAAGCUCCGGCUGCUGGAGCUCUGGAGCAUCUGCCCGCCGAGCGGAGCCCAGAACAUCCCCGCCCUCGCGUGGAGCAGCACCUCCCUCGAGCAGGAGGAGCACCUCGCCCGCGUCCGCUACACCCGCGAGCAGCAGCAGAUGAAUGCCGCCGCCAUGGAGGAGCCGCCUAUUGAGCAGAUCGCCAGCGGGCACUGGACCCAACCCGCCGAGUCGGAGCCCUACAUGACCUCUGGCUACGAGGAGCUCAUGCGCCGCGAACACGAACGCAACAGCAGGUCGGCCAACAACAGCAACGCCUACUGCCACUUUGGAUCGGCGGCCGCGUACAACAAGGCGACGGAUCCCAUCUACCUCGGACCGGACUUUGUCCGCGAACAGCAGCAGAUGGAAAUGGCCUCGCAAUACGGCGCCUUUGAGCAGUUCCGCUGCGCCGACGCCAUGGACGUCAUCAUAUAA